GAAUCUAUGUUCCCUUGUUCGAGAGGUGGUAUGACGAAUGAUAACAUUGGUUUCAAUUCAAAUUGGUUUGUUCAAUAAGACACCCAUUAUAAUUACAUCCAAACUCAAAUACAAUAAAUACAAACUUUUCGAAAAUGAUUUCUGCAAUAGAUGAAUCAAUUGAUUAUAACUGCAAUAGUGAUGAUACCUCUGAGGAAGAGGAUGAAGAUGAGCUUACUAAAAUUAUACCACCCCAAGUUGAGGAUACAAAUGAAACUUUCAAAGCUAGAUAUGUCCUGGGUAUCCUAGGAUUUCUAGGUUUCGCAAAUGUUUAUGCUAUGAGGGUAAACUUGUCUGUAGCUAUCGUAGCUAUGGUUAAUCAGACAGCAUUUCCAGAGCCAGUUAACAAUAAUACAUUUGAACAUUGUCCAAUACCAAAUACUACAAAUUCCACAAUUCCAGAUAAACCUGGGGAAUUUAUAUGGAAUGAGGAAACACAGGGUUUAGUUCUAGGUUCAUUCUUCUAUGGUUAUGUUUGUACACAAAUACCAGGGGGAAGAUUAGCUGAGGUAUUUGGAGGAAAAUUUGUUUACGGUAUAGGGGUGUUGAUUACCUCAUUAUUCACUAUUCUUAGCCCCAUAGCUGCACGAAUCAAUUUCUCUCUUUUCAUAUUUGUUAGAAUUCUAGAAGGAAUGGGUGAGGGGGUUACUUUUCCUGCAAUGCAUGCAAUGUUAGCCAGGUGGAUCCCUCCAUUGGAAAGAAGUAGAUUUGCUGCCUACGUUUAUGCAGGUUCAAACUUUGGCACAAUUAUAUCUCUACCUCUGUCCGGAUGGUUAUGUUCCUUAGAUUAUAUGGGCGGUUGGCCCCUUUCGUUUUAUCUAUUUGGUAUAUUAGGAGUAGUCUGGUUAUUUUUCUGGAUGUACUUCAUUUACGACACUCCCACUGUACAUCCUAGGAUAGACAGGAAAGAACAAACAUAUAUUUUAGCCAGUUUAGGACCACAGGAUGAAGAUGACAAUUCGCCCAUACCUUGGUGUAGUAUGUUGACUUCCUUGCCCUUAUGGGCUAUCUUGGUCACCAUGUGCGGGAAUUCCUGGGCCUUUUACACCCAACUCACAGAGCUCCCGAAAUACAUGAGCCAAAUUUUACAUUUUGACAUACAACAGAACGCAAUAUUGUCAGCAAUACCAUACUUGACCAGUUGGUGGUUUGGUAUUUUGGCCAGUAUAUUUGCUGACUGGUUAUUGAGGAAAGGUUAUUUGUCGUUAUCAAUGUCGUACAAAAUAUUCAAUUCAAUAGGUAGUAUAAUUCCAUCCCUUGGGCUCUUAGGGGUAGCUUACGUUGGAUGUGACAGAAUUUAUACACAACUUCUGCUAGCUAUUCCAGGAGCUUUUGCUGGAGCGAAUUAUGCAGGUAAUCAAAUGAACCACAUCGCUCUCAGUCCUAAAUAUGCUGGAACGAUGUAUGGGAUUACCAAUGCUGCAGCCAAUAUGUGUGGUUUCUUAGCCCCAUAUGUCAUUGGCUUGAUUAUAGAAGAUCGGGAUACUUUAGGACAAUGGCAAAUUGUAUUUUAUCUAGCCGCAGGUAUCAAUAUUGGAGCAAACUUAUUUUAUAUAGCAUUUGCCAGUGCUAGAGAACAGCCUUGGUCCAGAAACCAAAGACUUGGCACGAUUAACUGACAGGCACUAUACUUAGCUGUGCUUGUCGAUGAUUAAACAAAUUUAACUGAAGAUCUAUAUACUAUUGUAGAUAUUAAUUAUAAGAUGAAGUGUUAUGUGAUAUAUAUAAGAAUAUACUAUAUGAAGAAGAAUCUUAAUGCCGAAGUAUUUUUUGUAUGAAAAUAUAUAUAUAAUAAUUUUUUUAAACAGGAAAUUGUGAAUAAUUUUAAAAUACACUCUUGGUAAUAUUAAAUUGAAUAUCGAAGUACAGA